AUGUAUACGGCGUGUAGUCUGUACCAUGCAUGGUAUCCAGAAGAUCUGACUUGUCCACAUCACGGAGCCGUGGCAAGUGGGUUAAACACCGUACAUGACAACUGGUUCAAUCCGUUCAAGGCGGAUGAUUCGAAUCGUAACAAAUUGACGAGAAGUUACUAA